UUUUCGUAACCCUAAUUCACAUAACCUUAACCCCUAAGUUUCCCAUCGGGAGAUGCUGUGGAAGUUUCCUUGUGAGAAUAGAUGACUCCCAAAAUAAAAUGACGACUAAUCGGAAGCUGAGUCUACAUUUCCAGAAUUCAAUAGGCCAAAAAAAAAAAAAAAACACACACAGGCGUAGGGAUGGAGAUGAGACGGACAACAGGAUUCGCAAGCGAUGACACGACGCAGAAGCCGAUCACGAACACGACACAGAAGCCGAGCACGAGCACGAGCACGAGCACGAGCACGAGCACGAUCCUACCCGAUAUAAAACCAACCAUGAACUCCGUGACUCCAAAAUUUCCAACAAUAAACAUCUUUGACGAGGAUGACGAUCUAUCACAGUUAUCUGAUCACAACCGGUACUCUGAUGAAGAAAGUGACCUCCAGCUCGCAAUCAUGGCCUCUCUCUCAACCCCAAUACCCAAUACCUCGAUCAUCGAAGACCCAAUUGACGGCGACGAAGACCCCUCUCUGAAAAAUAAGCUGUUUACCGAAACAGGGGAGUCUUGGAAUUCUAAAUCAUCUUCUUCUGAUAAAAUUCAUACUGCAACCUUUAUGUGUGAAAUUUGUGUUGAGCCAAAGUCAUGCUAUGAGGCUUUUCUCAUAAUGGGUUGUGCACAUUCUUUCUGUUCUGAUUGUGUGAUCAAAUAUGUGGCUUCAAAGCUACAAGAAAGCAUUCCGCAGAUUGGAUGCCCUGUUUCGCGCUGUAUAGGGCUUUUGGAACCAGAGUAUUGCCGAACCAUUUUGCCACCGGAGCUGUUUGAUAGCUGGGGAAAAUCUUUCUGCGAGGCGGUCAUUCCCGGAUCGGAGAAAUUAUACUGUCCCCACACCGAUUGCUCCGCGCUUUUGAUUGAUGAUGACAGAGAAGGCGGAAGGGUUAGUAGCCAGGUACAGUGUCCCAAUUGCAGCAGGUGGUUUUGUGCAGAUUGUAAGGUGUCUUGGCAUUGGAAUAUGGAAUGCGCGGAUUUUCAGAGAAUGGACGAGGAUGAGAGAGAGGAGGAUGGUAUUAUGUUUAAGCAGCUUGCUGAGGAGAAGAGGUGGAGUCGGUGUCCUAAUUGCAGAUUCUAUGUUGAGAAAACCCUAGGCUGUAACAAUGUGUACUGCAGAUGUGGACGGCGUUUCUGUUACGGGUGUGGAGAACACACGUGCAAGUGUAGUGUGGAUGGCGAUUCUGUUAGGGGUGGUCCUCAUAAUGCUAAUGUGUAGAGAGAGAGAGUAGUGCACAAUGUUUGUAGCUGUGACGCUUUGCAAACGAUUGCAAUUAAUAAUUUAUCAUUUUGUGUGAGAAAAAUAAUAAAUACUUGAAAUGCUUUUAUUUCUCUUCUGAUUGAAAGACUUAAUAAAUACUUGAAAUGCAUUUAUU